UGUCAGAGGACGUAAAUGGAAAGCCCCCAAGAAAAAGAAACAUUCAACGAACCACACUGGUACUCAGACUGCAGCUGAGGAGUUUGAAAAUAUUAUUUAGACAGUUAAAACUUGUUUUGCUCUACCAGGGCAAUUUAAAUUUACUUAAAUGGGGAAUGAAUCGUCCCUACCUAUGGAGCUAUGCUCCAACUUUGAUGCAGAUGAAAUUCGGAGGCUAGGAAAACGCUUCCGGAAGUUGGAUUUGGAUAAUUCAGGAGCAUUAAGCAUUGAUGAAUUUAUGAGCCUCCCAGAGCUACAACAAAAUCCUUUAGUGCAACGUGUAAUUGAUAUUUUUGAUGCAGACGGUAAUGGUGAAGUGGAUUUUAAAGAAUUCAUUCAUGGUGUGUCACAAUUCAGUGUGAAGGGUGAUAAACAGUCAAAACUCAAGUUUGCAUUCAGAAUUUAUGAUAUGGAUAAUGAUGGUUUCAUUUCGAAUGGUGAACUCUUCCAGGUACUCAAAAUGAUGGUUGGCAAUAACCUGAAAGAUACUCAGUUGCAACAGAUUGUUGAUAAAACAAUCCUGUUUGCGGAUAAAGAUGAAGAUGGAAAAAUAUCUUUUGAGGAGUUUUGUGCUGUUGUUGGGAACACAGACAUUCAUAAAAAGAUGGUUGUUGACGUUUAGUCUGUGGUUGACUCACUCGCUUGGCUUGCCAGCUCACAAGCAAAGACUCUUGUUUAUUUUGGGUUUAUAUUUUGUUGUGUUGGUGGACCUUCACAGACUGUGUGUGGGUGUGUCCCUGUUUUAACCAUAUAUGCUACCUACCUACAGAACUAAGCACCAAUAUUGAGGUAUAACAUAUAACAUUUAUUAAUACAUUUUCAUCUUGUCGUUUCGACCAUCUCAUCUCAUCGCAUCCCGCCUCGUCUCAUCACCUCGUUGUGUGCUGUACUUAAUCUGCUCCAACUUAACCUCCUGAGUUUUCUCUUCCUCCCUCUGUCAAUAUUUACUGCGUGAAUUAGACUACAAACACACUUAUAGGCGCCUGUGGUUGUUCUCUUGAAAUUAUUCCUAAGAAUAUUGUUAAAAUCUUGUUUAUAAGAAAAAAUUGUUGUUAUUUGUAAAAAAAAAAAUCACAAUUUAAUGUUUCUCUUAUGUCUGUUUCAAGUUAACUAAUGAUAAUGUUUAUGGUAAACUCAUUUAUAGCCUUUGGAACUUUCUAAUUUUUCACCUUGUUCUCAGCACAUUUGGGUGGAUGAAACCUCCUUGUCUUUUAUUGUAGUUUAGAAUUUUGUAUUUAAAGUGGUGCAGGUAUUGGUAACUCACAUUGACCUAUGUUUUCCUCUGCAAUAUCUUCUUGCAUUGAAAAGUACUGCUGAAGAAAUUUGUUUUAUCUAUCUAUCAAACAAUGGUUAGUGUUGCCUCAUGAUAUUUUCCUAGUGAAGGAUAUGUCACGAGAGGGUUAAAUAUUUUCAUGUAUAAUUGGUAAAUCUUGGUUUUUAUACUGUGCAAAAUCAGCAGUCUUUAUCUUGCAUUAUUGUGAUAAAAGAUCAAAUACAUUGUGAUUUGCAUAUAAUGGCAUAAAAACAAUGCCUAUAACUACUUAACCCGACUCAGACAUAAAAGAAAUAACCUUGGAACAGCUCAUGGUGCUAUAUAGUUGUGCUGCGUUGUGCACGCGUGUAACAUGUGUUGUUCUUGCCAGAAAUGGUUCUCCAGGCCCUCAUUGCGUCGAGACAUUGCCUGCUCUGGACUGUUGUUUAUCCAUCAGCUUGCCAACUGCAGUCGUCAGACACAGGGAGAUGUAAUUGCAUUUUAUAAAAGUGUUCCUUUUAGAGCUUUGAAGCAUUGAUCCUAUCAUUGUUAUAAUUUUUUUAAAUAAAAAGAAACUUGUUUUAAUCAUGUGGGAAUGUAGUAAAAUUCUCUCUCCUAAAUUUCUUGAAGUGAUAUAAAAAAAUGCACAUACAACUAACUGUCAUAGCCUGCAGCUUCAUUUUCUUGCGGGUAGCUUUUGCUACAUACAUAUUCUCUUCUUGUGAUAUGUUUCUAGUAUUGAAGAAUAAUGUUUUCACCCUACGGCCAAAUCACUCAUUCUUCUUCAUAGUAUAAUUCUUAACUUGCCUGAAUUCUUGUAUAUGAGCAGCCAAUAAUAUGACCCUGAUAAGUCCACUUAAGUAGGUAGCUAGGAGUUAUAAACUUUUACAUAUGUACAGUGAUACAACUGUGUCAUUUACUUAUGAGGUUGCUGAGGGAACUUUGUGCUAUAUAUGCUGUUGUGUAUUUGAUUUGUGCAAUUUGUUGAGAUGAAACCAAUAUAUUUAUUGUGUGGAUGGUC